AUGGGACGACACGGCAACCAACCAAACCGACAGCCGCCUCGCAAGCAUCUCUAUCCGUCAUUCAGAUGGAAGAUUCUUCCUCUGCCUGAAGUCGAGGUACAGACACUUAUCAGAACAAGUCGGCAUAGUCAGCCCAAACGGAUGGGCAAUAUAACAGUGGCGGUGUCAAAAUGUCAAUACCAUCGGCAAUUGACAUUUGAUGCAAUUCCACGAUUGGCAGAUCGGCGGCCAGACAGAAUCGACGAGAGGACGUCUUCACGAAAUUGCUUCUCCAAAAUGGCUACUCCUCUGAAGCCGACAACGGCUUCAAUUUAUCAUCUCCGGCGAGACUCGAGCCCAGAACAUUCGGGUUCACACAUGCAAAUUGACAAGUUCGCCAGGGCAGGCCCGUACAGAUGGGAACACAUAUUUGGUAUGCUUCACACGAAAGCUAGCCUUCACCAAAAUUGGUAG